AUGCGCAAGCUGAUUGGUAUGACCCGAACACAAUGGAGCUCACGGCGCAUAUGGAUCCUAGAUGGACACACAGAGUUCAUCAAUUCAGAAGGUUUGGAAGGCCUGGGUCACUGGCUCAAUCGACAACAAGAGAAGAAUCUUCUCCCCAAGCUAAAAAAGGCCGUCAAAGUUCUCCAGGACUGCCGUAUCUCCGACCAUGAGCUGCGAACACAAUGGAGGGAACAGAAGGCUGCGCGGAUGGCUCCGUGGAUUGAGGUAUCCCGACACUUUCGAAAGGAGCUUGAUAAGGUCAUUGCGCUACAAAAUCAGAUUCAGACACUCGAGACCACAAUUGAAGACACAAAAAAGACAAUCUUGUCUGGCGGACCCUCAGCCGAGCUUCUUGUGCAUCUGGAUCGACUUGAGGACUCCCAUGCAAGCCUGAGUGAUCAGGCCGAUGCCUUGUAUAGCUCACUAAACAUCCACAAAGACCUCCGCAAUUUGGCAGGAGUUCCCGCUGAGUUUGUCAAGACGUUGCUGAUCAUGCAUGAUCUCAAGAUCAACAUUCAAAAGCGUGCAGUGGGAUCCUUCUACGAGACUGAAAUGCUGGAUAGGGCAGUCGCUGGUCGAAGUGAAGCAAUAGGAACGAAGCUCUAUCAGGCAACACGUAAAGCACUGUCAAAGAGACAGCCUGUCCUUUACCGCCUGAUCAACCAUUUCAAUAGCCUCUGUGAACAAUUGGAGGAUGAGAUGCCCCCCCACUCCCUACUUCCUCUCCCAACCCAGCUCUUGACCAAAUUAUCAGUACUCAAAGCUGACCAAUCUCUUUUCAAGGAUAUCUGUGUUCUACCUACGGGGAACAAGAUCCCACGGUGGCUUGAUGACUCUGACGUCAGGGAUGGGAUCCAGAGUAUGCACAGUCUGGAUUGGUGUCGAGAGGAACUCUCCCGACUGAAUCUUGAGAGGGGAAACCUUGCAAAUGUACUAGAAGAAGAGCGAUCAAUUUGCCGCCAGAGCCUCCGCACUACCCAAGGUUUUUGUUCCAGAUUCCUGCCAUUCCAUUCGCUUAAGUGUUGCAGACCCUACACUUAUUUACCUGCUAAACGUCCACAUGGAUCGAAUAACGUUUCUAACCAAGCGCUGGCGACCUUCUUUCCAAAUCAGCAUCCUGCCAAUGCAUCCACAGGCCUCCCCAAUGUUGACGCGGAUGCAUCAGCAGACAAUUAUGUGCAUGCCAAUGCAUCCGCACAGAGCCAGGAUAUGAUACAAGUGGCUCUGUCUGCUCCAUCAGCAAAUCUACAUUUGCCAACGUCUCUUGACGAGGUCGAGGACGAGGUUUUUGAUGGAUUCACAGACACAGAGGAGAUCAAUAUUGCCUUGCAAGCGUUGAAUAUUACCGAGUGUGAUGAUACAACGAUACCAGAUGAGGGGUUGGUGCAAAUUGACAUCAGAUGGGACGUUCCCCUAACAAUGUUGAAAUACGACCUUGACCUCUUCUCUGAGCUGCAGGCAAGGAACAACAGCUUGCCCAGGUCUUCAGCGUUGCUCCCACAUAUCGUUGUUUGGGAUGGCUCCCUCAAAAACUAUAUCUUUGUGCCCGCCGAUCUAGCCCACAUUAUGGAUCCCCACGGAUUACUGAGUGGGCAAUGCAUCAAUGGUGUUGCGGCUUCUUUCCAGGCAUUGUUUUCGCACGUUCACAAUCCUCAUCAUCCUGCUGCACGUCGCUGUGCUCUUCUAAGCACCUAUGAACUGCCGCGCAUGCGUUCGGAGUGUUCGGACGACUUCCUGUGGUCUGAACUGGAAGCAAUGCAAUAUUGGGAACGGGACUUAUGGAUCCUUCCUAUACACCGAGCAACUCAGCAGCAUUGGGUUCUCGCUGUAGCAUGUGUUUCUGAUCGUAGGAUCUAUUUCUUUGACAGUCUUGCGCUGCGCGGAGGGUUCCGCAAAGAGCUCAAGGUCUGUCAUUCACUCUCUGCUAUUGCCAUGUUCACGGUUUGA